AUGGCACAGCCGAUUGUCACCUCCGCACGGGCCAAGUUUGUGGCAGCCAUCGAUAGGCUGACCACCUUGGAGGCACGGCUCACCACUCCAGGGACCGCCACCCCAUCCUCCGCGGUCUCACAGGUCCGUCGUGACCAGCUCAAAAACAUGUGGGCCAAGGUGGAUGCUGAAUUUGAGGCGCCCACAAUUGUUUCACGUGUGGAGCCCGUCACCAUACACUGCUGCAUCGCGGUACUCCUGCCUCCAGCACAAGUCUCAGGCCUGAGUCAGUCGGUAGCAGCUCAGUCCAAGAAGCUCUGCCACUUUUCCAUUCGUUCCCCGACUAAGCCGGGCUUGCAGUUGAAAGCCGCGGCUUACGUAUUGCCGGAACUAGCAGGCAAUCUCCCUUCAUAUCCAAUUCCGCUAAGUGCGUUGCGAGAUUUGCCGAACCUGCCAUUAGCUGAUCCCACCUUCUAUGAGAGCUCGCAGAUAGAUGUCCUGAUCGGAGCCGAUAUCCUUCCCUCCAUCCUUCUGAGCGACAAGCUCCUCACAAAGUUUUGGGAGGUGGAGGAUCUACCAACCAAGUUAGUAGGAGAGUCCGAUUCCUAUUGCGAAAGCAACUUCCUACAAACCACCACGAGGGCAACAAGCGGAAAAUACAUGGUAACCCUACCAUUCCGCGACCCGGGUCAUCUCGGGUCUGGCCUAGGGUAUUCAAGGUCCAUCGCUCUAGCCCAGUUCUUAAGGAACGAGAAUCGGCUGAAGAGAGAUUCGCCGUUGCACGAACAGUACGUUUCCGUAAUCCAAGAAUACUCAGAUCUGGGCCACAUGACAGAGGUCCCUCCGAGCCACGACUCCAACAACUACUAUCUCCCUCACCACGCAGUAAUCAAACCCGAUAGCACUACAACGAAGCUUCGUGUGGUGUUUAACGCAUCCAGCCCAUCCGCGAACGGAACGAGCUUGAAUGACCUCCUUCACGCGGGCCCGGUCCUACAAUCCGAUUUGACCCUUCAGAUUCUGAAAUGGCGCUACUUCCGAUAUGCGUUCAACGCCGACAUCACCAAAAUGUACCGUCAGAUUUGGGUGGAUCCAGAACACACUCGUUUCCAGAGAAUCUUGUUUCGAAACGCAGAGGGGGAAAUUCGUGAUUACGAAUUGAAAACCGUCACCUUUGGCGUCAACUGCGCCCCCUUUCUCGCCAUUCGAGUUCUCCAACAGCUUUCCAACGACGUCCAAUCGCAAUUCCCCAGGGCUAGUCAUAUCAUUCGGCACCUUAUGUACGUCGACGAUGUCCUCGCCGGCGCUGACUCCACACAGGAUGCUCAGCUAGCCAUCCGCGAAUUACAGGCCGCCCUCAGUUCGUCAGGUUUUCCGCUACGAAAGUGGACAGCCAACCACAAGGACGUAUUGGCCGAGAUUCCGACGACCUCCGACAAGUUCUUCUUUGUUCCUCCGGUGCUCUCGCUUGAGUCAUCCUUCACCAAGCGAGAAGUCCUCUCGCAGAUAGCGAAACUGUUUGAUCCUGCAGGGUGGCUGGCACCGUUCAUCGUCCGCUCCAAGAUCUUCAUGCAGGAAAUUUGGUUGCAGGAACUGGAGUGGGACGAGAAGCUUCCGAACGAACUGUGUCAAUACUGGCAAGCCUUCCUGCGUAGCUACUCCUGUCUCACCAAGAUCCGUAUCCCAAGGUGGAUUGGUUCCCAGCCAUCCGUUAAGGUGGAGCACCAUGGGUUCUGUGAUGCCUCAGAAAAGGCUUACGGCGCCGCGAUUUACGUUCGCGUUGAGAUGGGCCAGCGUAUCGACGUGCAUCUACUGGCAGCGAAGACACGAGUUGCGCCCGUAAAAACCGUAUCGCUUCCCCGGUUAGAGCUGUGCGGGGCCGUGCUUCUAGCCGAAAUGGCGACGGCUAUCCUGCCAAGUAUGCCGACGACAGGGUCUACCUGUUACUACUGGACAGAUUCCACAAUCGUUCUCGCCUGGUUGAACAAGCCUGCAUGCCAUUGGACCACCUUCGUGGCCAAUCGAGUGACGAAAAUCGCUCAAACCACCGAGACCCAAAAGUGGUCUCAUGUGCGCUCCGAGCACAACCCGGCGGAUUUAGCCAGUCGGGGGCAACCACGCUCUCAAUGGCCGCUCCAAGAUCAGGAAACCCCCGUCAUAGACCUCGAGCAGCGGGCUGUGAAAGUCCAUUUCACAACCAGCCCACCCGAAGACUUCCUCGAGCGAUUCUCCACGCUUGAAAAAGCUCUACGAGUCCGCGCGUACGUCCUGCGUUUCCUACAGCGCUGCCGAAAACUACCGUACGCACAGGAGAUCCAUCCUACAAGCGGAGAAAUUAACGAGGCUGAACGCACUCUUAUCCUAGAAACUCAGCGCCGAGAAUAUUCUCAAGAGUAUCACUCCUUACGUGAGAAGCGUCCAGUGCCUCGAUCAAGUUCUAUCCUGAAUUUGAAUCCGUUUAUGGAUCAACAUGGGGUCAUACGCUCCUGCGGCCGUGUAUCUACGGCGCAAGGGCUGAAGUAUGUCGAGCGACAUCCCAUAAUUCUUCCGUAUAACUGUCGUUUGUCGCGACUCCUCACGCAGUUCACACACCGGAUCACUCUUCACGGGGGCAGCCAAUUGAUGGUGCGACUUAUCCGAUCCAAGUAUUGGAUUCCACGGAUUCAGAAGCUGAUGAAGGGUGUCGAGCGAACUUCAUUCUCCCGACCUUUCACGCACACCGGAAUUGACUACGCCGGUCCCUUCGAAAUCCGCAACUACACAGGGCGGGCGUGCCUUAUUACCAAGGGGUAUGUGUGCGUGUUCGUGUGUUUCUCCACGAAGGCUAUUCAUUUGGAGCCCACGUCCGACCUCACCACCGAGAAAUUUCUCGCUGCCUUCGCGCGGUUCGUCGCGAGACGAGGCUGUCCACAGAGUAUCCACUCCGAUAACGGCAAGACCUUUGUGGGCGCAGCCACAGUACUGGCCCGUGAUUUCCUAGAAGCAUUUAAGGACUCUGUGAUUGAUGCAUACACCUUCGAGGAGCUCUCCACGCUUCUCUCGAAAAUAGAGGCGUGCCUUAAUUCCAGACCGCUCUCGCCUAUGUCCGAAGAUCCGACGGAGUUACUGGCCCUAACUCCCGGGCAUUUCCUUACGGGGGGACCCUUAAUGGCGACGGCGGAGCCAGAAGUUAAGGGUGACCUCACCUCGAUCAUAAAUCGAUGGCAACAUCUGAAGGCACUCAACCAACAGUUCUGUCGUAGGUGGAAAGAGGAAUACCUCAAGGAACUCCACAAGCGGACCAAAUGGCAAACGCCCACGCCCAAUCUGCAGAUUGAGACUGCCGCAGUACCAAGGGCUGCAAAGUGUGCGGUGGGAACCACCACACGCUACUCCACAACCGUGCGUCCCAGCGUUCAGGCCGCGCUUCCGGACCAGCCCCUCCGGCGGCUCCAGCCUCUAGCGUUGAACGACGCCGUCGUCUCCCCGAAAGCCGCCCCGUCGUGGAAGAUCCGGCACCAUCCGUGGCUACGCUCCUCCAGAACCGGAGCAUCAACGUUCUCCCCGACGGCCCUGGUGGUCUUAGAUACGGGUUCCAGAACUUUUGAGACAGUGGCUCUUAUAGACCCCUGUACCCCAGUGAGCAGCAUCGACGAGUCAUUGGCCAUCGCCUUCAAACUGCCCACCACGCGGGUUGGCACCGAAAAGGUGUGCACUGCGACUGUCCGCGCCAAGAAUGGAAACUUCCAAGUGGACGCAGUGCUGAAGGUCGAGCCCCGCCUGCGCGUCCGCACGCCACUACGCCCCGUGACCGAGGCGGUGCGAACCCGUUUCGACGACAUUCGCCUCGCCAACGAGCGCUUCCAUCGCCCAUCCACUGUCUCCCUCGUGCUCGGCGCCGACGUUUACCAGAAGGUGAUCCAAUCCGGGUUCCUCGCCCUAGGAGAAGGUCUUCCCGUGGCCCAAAGCACCGUAUUCGGAUGGAUUGUUUCUGGGGCGUGCACUCAGCCAUAG